AAAUCCCGAGGGAAAAUUUGGAAAUGUGUGGUGCUAGCACCGGUAACAUCUGACCCUGAGGCCGACGACGUGACAGUUCCGACGACAUCGAGACCCUCCCGUGGAAAAUAUACGCUCGUUGAAGGGAUGGAAACGAUAAUGCCAGCAACCAUAUCUCAAAUGAAGGAUGAAAUUAAAAAGAUGGAGAAUCGAGUGGGGGAGUUGGUUGCUUCAGCAGUGUCGUCAGCAGUGUCGUCAGCAAUUAGGCCACUUGCAACCCAAUUGAGGGCUGUGAGGAUGCUGUGAAGACCAUGAUACCACCACCACAGCCCUCCCAGCCCCCUACGCUGCAA